GGGGCGCCCGCGCCUCCGCUGCUCGGUUUGUUUUCCGGGUGAUGCUGCUCUUCUCUUCAAAGCAGAGGAAAGUCGGGGGCUCAUGUGUCAACAUCCAGGGUUUCCCCGGGGAGGCGUAACGUUAACGUUAUUCCAAAAAAAAAACCCUGAUGUCCCUCUGAAGACCCUUUUAUUUUUUUGCUAGCCUAUUCAUCCUCGGAGGCGGCGGCUUUCCUGGCCGCGAAGACGAGAAGACGAUCUUCGGCUCCUGCUGCUUUGACGCUAGCUAACGUUAUUUUAAACGAUGACAGAGUACAAAGUGCGAAUAGCGUCUCCAAUCAUUUAAAAAAAAUAUCUGGGGACCUGUUAGCUUAGCCAGCUAGCCUGGUAAUUCGGUUAAGGAAACAAGGCGAAACACACUGCUGACAUGAUGUUUCCUCAAUCAAGGCACUCGGCAUCCUCCCAGUCCAGUCAACCUCUCAAGUUCACCACUUCUGACUCCUGUGACCGCAUCAAGGAUGAGUUCCAGUUCCUCCAAGCACAAUACCACAGUUUGAAGUUGGAGUGUGAUAAACUGGCUUCUGAAAAGUCAGAGAUGCAGCGUCACUAUAUCAUGUACUAUGAAAUGUCAUAUGGGCUGAACAUUGAAAUGCAUAAACAGGCUGAAAUAGUGAAGAGACUGAAUGGGAUCUGUGCUCAGGUGCUGCCUUUCCUGUCACAGGAGCAUCAGCAGCAAGUUAUGGGCGCUAUAGAAAGAGCCAAGCAGGUCACACCACCUGAGAUGAACUCCAUCAUACGGCAACAGCUGCAGGUGCAACACCUGUCCCAGCUCCAGGGCCUGGCCCUGCCUGUGACCCCGCUGCCCCUGGGCCUCACCCCUCCCACCCUGCCCGCCGUCUCCUCCAGCUCCGGCCUGCUCUCCCUCUCCUCCAUCCUGGCCAACUACUCCCACGGCCAGGCCCAGGCGGUGAAAGAGGACAAGGCCAGAGAAGCCGCGGAGAGAGCGCCCAGAGGAGAGGACGGGGAUAAGUCAGACUAGUAGGAACACAGCGAGAAGCACCUUUUGUAUUUUCCUCGCCCUGCCUUCCUCCUGCCUCCCCCCCCCCCCCCCCCCACCCCCGUGCUUUUCCACUCUUUAACCGACCAAGACAAACUUGAACAGGAUCUAAACUUCAGAGCCAGACGGUCGUACAAGACAGACAGAGUACUGUAUUUCUGCAAGUUAGCCGAGCACUUCAGUUUAUACUGAUACUGUAUCAAGCACCUGUCUUUUUCCUGUCUUGUCUAACUUGUGCGUGACUGUCAAGGGGAAAACCUUCUCCUUUUUUUUUUUUUUUUAUUUACGCUUAUUUUGAUGAAGAAUGUGUCCUGGGUGAGUUGCUAAAGCUCUGUAAGCAAACAAGCGUCCCCUCAGAAAACAACACAUUAUAACAAGAUUCUCACAGUGAGAAUUUGUGCUUACGACCAAAUUCUUAUGUCCUGUUUCAUAUAAAGUUAGAGCUUCUUUUUCCUUUCUUUUUCUUUUUUUUUUUUUUAAAGGUGUGCCCUAAUUUCAUACUACAUACUAAUUCUGUAUAGUAUUGACAGUAUACUUUUUUUGUCUUUUGAUAUUCAAGAAAUGAAUGUAGUGUUCUGUACUAACAGGAAAUGAUACUGACAGACAUCACAGAGAUUUUUGAAUGUCAACUUAACAUGGAAAGAGAAAAACGAUUCAACUUUUCGUUGUCUGAUAUCUCGUCUGAGCCUUCUUACCAUUUUGCUUACCUUGCGAGGCAGCUGGAUUCGCAAGAUCACGCAAGAAUCCAUCUCGUCAGGCUUCUCGUCAGGCUUGUGGUCAAACCCGCAGUGGUUUGGACCAAUCAGUGUCCUAUGAGGAACUACUGGCAGCUACGGCUGUGGUUUAGGUGUCACGACAGUGAGAAGUUAGCCCGUGAUAGAUGGUGAUAGAUGGUUCGUUCAAUCACUUGCCUAGUAUUUUUGAAAGUGCCUGCCCUCUUCCAAACAGUUUCCAAGGACGACUUCUCAAAUGGUUGUGACCUGUGAGCAGCUCCUCCGUUUCCUUUGUGCAUUAAAUUGUGUCCAUCAUUAACAGCUCAAUCAAAUCAAUGGAUUUAGUGCACGUCCUGACAAAUCUGUGCUACUGCAGAUCGAAUUUAAACAAAAUCAUAUUGUGAUUUGAUCGUGUCUGUUGUCCAAAGUAAUGACUCUGAGCAGCUGUAAUUAAUAUUAUUUUUUCGCAAAAAAGUUAAUAAAGAAUGGAUGUAAUAUAUAAUACUUGCUAUCUGGUGACAUCUAUUAAUAUGGUGACAACGAUUUUUACCUUUUCACGCAGCCCUAUUCGAGUACACUGACUUUUGUCACUUUUAUAGUGUGAACAUAGCCUCAUAAUCAGACUGUUUUCUAUUUUUCAUUUUCUUUUUUUUUUAACAUUCAGUAUUUGAAUUGUUAAAAAAACCUCUUAGAUGUAGGAGGUGAUUUAGAGGUCUGGUCAGGCUCGUGUAUGGACAUCAUGCUACACAAUAUGUUGUGUAUGUAGCGUGUUCACAGUGCAAAAGUGAGAAAACAAAGUAAACUCAAAACAGUCAUUUACAUGCACGACUACUGUACAAAAUUAAACAACUAGAUUUUUGAGUGUGCUGUUGAUCACCUAUUCCCGCAAUGCAUAAAGGAAAUUGAGGAGCUGCUCAGAACAGGAAAACAUAGAUGCAGACGGUGGUGGAACAGCUCCGGGAACUUUUAUUUUGAAAAAAAAAACAACAUUUUUUUCUGUCUUCUCUAUAAGUUUCAGUGUCAAUCUAAAGUCGGAGUUUAACUGACGCCCACUCUAGACCACAUGUAUCAUUUCUUGUUAGUACAGAGCUAUUAAAUGUUUAUUUCUUGUAUACAAACUGCAGAAACGGUAUACUAUUAAAAAUAGUACAUGAUGUAAGCAGUUAGUAUGGAAUUGGGACGCAGCGGAAAUAAGUGUGUUCACAUUUAAGGCAGCAGAGGGCAGCAGUGCUCUCUCAUUGACCAUCAGUAUGACGUCACACUCACAAGACUGUCUACAAAGCUAAAAAAAAAAAAGAGGUCUAAAGAGGUCCAGGUCAGUCUGUUAUCCUCUUUUUGUCUUCGAUUCCCGACUGUGGGCCGACCAUCGGUACACUGCUGUUAUUCCCCUGUAAUGUGACUGCUUCCCAGAGCUUUGACAACCCACCUUUAAAUGUCUGAGCACGUCCGCAAUCAGAGCUUACACCUUUUCUCUGUAUUAUUUUAAAAAGCACUUAAGUUGUGGCUCAGUGCUCUUUUUUUUUUGUUUUGUUUUUUUUUUUGUUCUUCUUCUUCCUGUCUGUGCUAGUGUUGGAGGGGGGGGAGGCAGCUGAAGAGUUUCCCUCCCUGGAGAUGUGACUUCGAUAUAGAGAGUGCGAGAACAGAUUUGUUAGUCCUUCGCACUCUUUAUGCUGACGUCCGUCUCCGUAGAAAACCUCCUUGGCAAAACUCAGACAUAUGAAUGGUAUGUGUGUUUGUUUUUGCUGUGAAGGGCCAAUUUGUAUACAUAUGAAUAUAUCAAUAUACAUAUUUUUUAAAGCAUUUUUGUAUGUUUCAAAGCUGCUUUUUAACGUGUGUGUAUCAUGGAAGACUUUGGUGUUGUAUGUGUGCAUUACAAGCCUACAGUAAGAGAGGCACAAUGUUGUAUACCAUGUCGUUUUUUCCUGUUUUUUCUCUCCCAUUCUCUCAGUAGGCAGUAACACUUAACAUUGUUUUCUAGGUUUGUAAAUGUUUUAUCCGUUUUUUUUUUUUCGUGCAAAGAAAAAACAGUUUAACGUGUUAAUGAACACAGUCUCAUUUUAAGAUACCUGGGGCAAAAAACAAACAAAAAAAAAAGAUGUAAACAAGCAACUGUGUACUCUAAUGAGAAUGAAUCAACCUUUUAGCAGUAAGGAAGCUUCUCUGGUGCCUUACAAAUAAAAGAUGUGAUUGAAAAGUG